AUGGCAGCAAUUCCUGCUUUCCGCGAGGCUGUGACGAGGUUCUUGGGUGUUUCUGCCCCUGGUGGUGUAUGGAGGAUCCUGGCCAUCUUCUUUGCUUUGCUGAGUGUUAAGAGUUUGCCAUUCGUGUGGCAUUUCCGCGUCUUCAAAAACCUCAUCUGGCAUCUCUACAUGCAACCCAAACACAUAGAGCAAAAACACCUUUUCAAACCCAUCAUCACCACCUCCCACAACAGCAUCAGCGAAUGCGAUUACAACUUCCACAAGAGCAACUCCACCUACUUCAUGGACCUCGACGUCAGCCGUGCCGCAUUCGUAGGCGUGCUACUCAAGAAAUCUCUAGCCAGACUCAACGGCGGCGACCUCACCGGUCUCCCCGAAGAAGCGAAGAAAGUCAAGGGCACAUACAUCGUAGCCCUCGGAGGCGUAGGCUGCGUAUUCAGAAAAGAAAUCAAACCCCUCGAGCGCUUCGAAGUCUGGACACGAUUGCUCUCCUGGGACGACAAAUGGAUCUACAUCGUCAGUCACAUUGUCAAGCGUGGAGCCAAGAAACCCACAAACUACUUUCUUCAAAACUGGAGAAAUGGCGGAAAGAGCAGUGGAAAGGGCAAGAGCAAGACAGAGGGAGAGGACAAGAUCAAGAGUAUCUACGCGACCAGUCUGGCCAAAUAUGUGGUCAAAAAGGGUCGUUUGACGAUAGCGCCGGAAGUCGUGCUCAGACGAUCUGAUCUCCUGCCCGAAAGACCUGCAAACCAGCCCGCCGUUCCUGCAGUGUCGGAUACACCCACCCCCGAGGGCGAGAAACCAUACAUGUCUAGCCCAGAAAACUUGGUCGCGCAAGUAAUGGGACAAUUGCGAUCCGAGAGCAUGUUCGACAACGAGAAAAAGACAAAAGAGGGAGAGAUGACCUGGAGAGAGGUAGAGACGCAGAGAUUGAGAGGGCUUGAGAUUGCACAGCAUUUCGAUGGUUUGACUGCUUUGCAUGGAGAGUGGAAUGCUGAUGACGAGGUUAUUGGCGAGUAUGGUGAUUUCUUCUGGUAGACGUCAAAUGAAUGCAGAUGCAUCCAUAGAUAGGAUAGACAAUGAUACCCUUUUUAGACAAC